ACCCUGCCCGGCUUCGUGGCCUCGCCGCAGAGCCUGCCUGGCAGCUACACGCCACCGCCCUUCCUGAACUCUCCGGCAGUGACCCAUGCGCUGCAGCCACUGGGGGCCAUGGGGCCACCGCCACCUUACCAGUGCGGGGCCUCCUUUGUGGACAAGUUCCCCUUGGACGAGGCAGACCCGCGCAACACCAGCAUUGCCGCCUUGCGGAUGAAGGCCAAGGAGCACAUCCAGUCCAUCGGCAAACCCUGGCAGACAAUCUGA